AUGGACCUGGAUGGGCCGGACGCCGCCCGCCAGGACGCAGAGCUGGAGCAUGGCCGCUACCUGAGCCGCCGGGCCGUGGCCCAGGAGCAGCUGGCGCAAAUAAAGGAGCACAAGGAUCAAGCGGAUCUGGCCAAGCUGGAAACCAGAAGAGAAGGGGAACGAAUACAGCGAUCGAGCCAAUUAUACCAACUGGAAAUUCAGAGAGAAAAAGAAAAGGAACAGGAGAAAAAAGCUGAAUUACAGAGGCAGCAUCAUGCUUACAUUAAAGGAAAAGAAAUGAUGGCUGAUCUGACAAGAGAAAAAUAUGCAGAGACUAACAGGAUGAUAGAGAAGCAUAAGGACAAAGCUUUUGACCAAUUAACUGCACAGAUGAAUGAGACAAUUAGGAUUGAAGAUGAUCGUCUUGCUAGAGGAGCUGCAGAGGUAGAAGUUGAGUACCAAAUGCAAAACAAAGCGAAAGAAUUAAAAAAAAAGGCUGCUGUUGAAUCUAUUGAAGAACACAGAGUCAGUGUGAUGAAGCUGAAAGGCGAAAAGGAGAGACAGGAAAAAGAAGAUGACGAGAAGGAUCGUAAUCAGUGGAUGACAGAAAACGGCAUCUACCUGGAAAUGGAAAAAGCCAAGAAACAAAGACAGCGUGAUGCAAACAUGGAAGUACAGAAAAUUCAGCUCCAGCAAAUGGCUGAAAAGCAGGCAAGAAAAGAGCAGGAAAAGCAAGCGGACUUGGACUAUGAUGCUCAGAGAGAGGCUGCUUUUCAUCAGGAUCGAGCAUUUCGGAGAUAAAGACAUGCUCAUUUUAUUACAUGAAGCUUUUUUUCAGCAAGCAGAAAGAAUGGAAACUUUUGUAAAAGCCUUUUGAUGGCAGAAGCUGGAGCCUUAAGAAGUAUUGACUACAGCAGGAGUGGUGCUGAACCCUUCAGAGCUCCAUAAUGCUCCAAAUGCAUCCCUAAGUGCAAAUUUGCACAUGCUCACUACUAUGCAAUUGGUGAGUUAAAUGGGUUUUUAGUCUACCUCCAUAGCAGCAAGAAACAAGGUGGAUUGCAGCCUCAUUUCCUACUCAGCUUCCAGGAAUGUCCUGUUCUGCACAUUACGUAUGUCUACAUUUGAAGUCUACAGCCUGCUUCCAUCAGGCUUAUACAAUCUACAGAAAACCCAUCAAACUCCAGUACCAGAAAACUUUUCAUUUCAGUACACCUAGUAUUUCCCUAAAGUGGGAAUCCUGCAUAAUUUUAAAGCAUCUUGGCUAAGUAUAGAUUUAGUUACCCAAAUUCAGCAUGGAAAGAAUUCAGCAGCAAUCAUGAUCUCAAUUUAUUCUAUUGACUCUGAGAUGCACAUGCUUUGUAUGCUUACUUUAAAGAACUAAUUCUAGUUAGAUAUUUUCUCUAAAACCUGUAUAAAGCAUGGUGUGAUGAUGCUCCAUCAGAAUGGCCAGAGGUGGUGGAAUGUUGCUGGUAAAAGGUGUCCAGUGUAAAACAGGAAGCUGGUCUAGCAGCUCACCAGAGUCCUUUUCAGCUGCCACUUAAAGAUGGUAACAAAACACAGGGAGAUGAACUGCAGCUGCUAAGAAGGGCAAUUGUUGAACUGGAAGAAUCUACUUAUUGAGAGGUAGCUCUCAUUUAAUGCCUAGGGCCACUCUUGUAUUAGUUAUUAGCUGGAGUCACCAUUCCUGAAGGUAUUUAGAUGUGUAGAUGGUGCUUAGGGACAUGGAUUAGCUAGUGUUGGACUCGAUCUUAAAGGUCUCUUCCAAUCUAAAUUAUUAUAUAAAGUUUUAAUUAAUAGCUAGCAAAUCAGAAAAUGCUUUAAGAAAUAAUUUGACUAGUACACUUCAAUUAUUGGUUUUGCUCAAAAAAGCAUCUGCUCAGAUGUUCUGCUUCAGGACAUUGCAGCGGACAAGAGUCCUAAUAGCGAUUAGCCUGAUUUGAAGACCAAGACCUUAGAAAUGCAAGGCAACCCUCAGAGGGGCUGAAACAGAGACCUUAAAUCAAACUGCAUUUUUUCCACACCUAUGAUCCAUCUUUAAGUAGAACAGCAACUUUAGCUUGAACACAUGGGCCUCCAGUGUCUAACAUGGUACUCUCCAAACAGUAUUUCAGCUCAUACCUAUGUGGCAGUACACAUGUAAGACAGUACUGUUUUCAUGGAUCUAAUUCACCUCCUACCUAAGAAAUGGAAGAGAACAGCACUUUAAAAUGCCUUAUAUCCUAAGGGAAUUUGAAUUAACUAACUGUGCAGCUCUUUACUCUUAGGUAGUGUUCCAGGUUGGAGUUACUAGAUUUGUGCAAGUUCUUUUAGCAUGACAGUCUUUGCUACCAAUUAGCUCUGAUGAAGUUUGAAGAGGAUACAUACCUGGAAACAAAUUGUCCACGAACAGAAGAGCUGGCACCAUGGGACUAUUAAGGAUGUACAUUUUCACAUGCCAAUACAGACUUGCUCUAUACUUCUGAAAAAGAAAAAAAAAAAUCUUUUCAAAGCUUCCUUGUCAGGUUAGGUCAAAUAAUUUACUCUGUAUCAACAGCUAAAUUCUUUCAAAUGUCUGUUAUUGACUUAGGCCUUCCUGUUAUCUCUUGAAUGGAAGAGUGCUGUAACUAGUCUGUGAUUUUCCUCCUUGUUCUGGCAGUGCAUCCUUGUUUCUCAUACUGAUCUUUCUUCCUGUUCUGGCAGCGUAUUUCUGAGAGACAGAAAAUUCACUACCUCUAAAUAGCAAGCAAAAAUCCCCAUAAUCAGUGAAGGCUAAGACUUUAGAGGAAGGUGAAGGCGAGAGAUUCGAGAAGACAAUAUGAGAUGUCUUCUCUGGAAUUUUCUUUCUUUCUGAUUAGAGUAAGUUGUGGUAUAGGCUUUGUUCAGCUUGUAAUGUGUGAAGUCAUUGCUUUCACACUACUGCACUGCCACCAUUUUAACCUAAGCUUUUUGUUUUGGUAUAUCAUGGCUUUGAUAUUACUACGUAUUUUAAGUGAAUAAUGAAUGAUUCAUAUCAGUUCUCUGAUCAGGUAAACCUAUCUCUCUCUAGUAAGCAGUCUUAAAGCAGAGCUACUUGUAGCUUGUGGACACUGUCUUGCAUAAACCAGCAUGGCACUUUGUUUUUCUGUGGAUUGCCUCAGCUCCAAUACAUUAUCCAGAGAAAUUAACAAUUCUGUUCGGUACUGAAGGGCUUGAACAUCAGCACUGCAGGUCCAGGAAAAUUCAACACUGCAUAUCUGUUAACAUAAUAAUUGCACCCACACUCUUCCCCAGUGAGUAGCAUCUGGUCUGAUUCCUUUUCUGUGUAAAAAGAAAAUAAGCAAAGGUUAGAAAGAAAAAGCAGCAUGUACUGAAAAGAAGUGUGUGUUACCGAGCAGACUGAGAAAAAUCCAACUGGUACAGUGGAUAAGGAUGCAAAGUUUGGAACUAUCUUUGGUAAAGCUUAUAAGUAUUUCUGCGUUAGUUUCAGCUACAAUCAGUGCAUAUACAAUUAACAGAAGCUACUAAUUAUACACUUAAACUGUUUCUUUUUUCUUUGUACAUACAUUUGACCAUUAUAGAAGCAUCUACAAAGGAGUAAGAAGCUAGCCACUCUCUCCUUCCAAGUUCUGUGUGCCUGCAAAACCAAUCAGUGCCCAACAGCAGAAGCUAACUGUGGACCAAGUUACAAGACACGCUAUUUGCUAGAACCUGCCUAUAAUACCUACAACUCAAGCUCAAGAACCAAGUGCCUAGCUUGCAACUGUACUGUAGACUAAUAUUAUUAUGGAACAAAGCAGUAGAUUCUUUUCAGAAAGUCAAGAGGUAAAAACCAAAGGUAAACUAUCAGGUCAUAUGUACUGUACUCCUUAAAUAUUGCUGGGCCUCCAGGCUUAAUUCAAACCUUUUGUUUUGACUUGAAAAAAAAAUCUUACUCAGCAAACAAAAUUGAGUACAUCUGUCUGUAACAAUAAAACCCAUGUCGACUGUACCUUUUAUUUGUGAUAGUUUUCUACUUACUUUAAUUUUGGGAAUGCAAUGGAAGGUAGAAAUAGUAUCUUGAGAAGUUGUGGCAUUGGCUGAGUCUUUUAAUCCUUUACGCGAGAUGUCUGCAGCAAGACUGUAUCUAGCACUCCAGCUAACCUGUCUGACUACAGGAAAUGGAAAAAACACUUCUGUCAUUUCCUAAGCACUCUGCUGCCAACCAACCAGGCUGUGAUACUGCUGCAGGUGACUUUUUGAUUGAAAAUUGUUCUUUCACUCAAGUUCUAAACUGACUGUAAGCUGUAAAUGUAAAUCUAAGCAUUUCCAUUCAUAUUGAACAGAUAGUUCUUCUGUAACUAGUGAAAACUAUUCUGCUUCACAUUCAUACACAAAGAGAUGCAUUUUUUCAAGUAGAAGACCAUAGCUGGCAACAAGCAGAGUUUGCAAUUAAGACACUAGGUCAACUUCAUUACAUGGCUGCAUUUUUAUAUGUUACCAUAUAGUAAUAAUAGACUGCUCUUUGCCAUUCUGUUGUAGAAAUUCUUAAUUGUACCUAUUUUACACUAUUAUCUAAUGUAGCAUGGAAUAAAAAUUUAACUUCA